CGCUGACGUCAACCCUGAAAGAGAAACUAAAAAAAGGAGGAAAAGCACUGGGUGUUUUUUACAGAUCUGAUAGAUUUGGAAAAAACUACACACACGCACACACCAGACAUGGCUGCUGCUGCUAGCAGUGUCAUUGCUAAGGACAGUUGUCUUUGCUCCAUCUGUCUGGACGUGUUCACUAAACCUGUGUCGAUUCCCUGUGGGCACAACUUCUGUCUCCACUGCAUCACAAACUACUGGAACACUAGCAACACUGAAAUAAAAUGUCCACUGUGCAUAGAGACAUUCUUUACCAAGCCAAUGCUUCGGGUUAACACUUUCAUUGCCGAGAUGGUGGCAAAUUUGAACAAAUGUGAAAGGUCUUGUGUUGGCCCUCAAAAAGCAGGAAAUGGAAACGUGCUCUGUGACCAGUGCUCAGAUGCAAAGCUCCCAGCCAUCAAGUCCUGCUUGGUGUGUUUCAUGUCUUUCUGUGAGACACAUCUGAUGCCUCAUCAGAGAAUUCCAGCCAUGAAAAAACACAAGCUGAUCCACCCGGUUGAGAACCUGGAAGGCCGGAUGUGCAAGAUACACGACGAGCCUAUGGAACUGUUUUGCAGGAUGGAUCAAAUGUUUGUUUGCGCAUCCUGUAAAGUCGGGGACCAUAAAACCCAUAACAUAGUGAAUCUGGAGGACGAGGCUCAACUGAGGAAGACCGGGCUGGGAGCAGAGAAGGUGACCACAGAUGAGAUGAUCCAGGAGCGUCAGCAGAAAAUUAGCGAGAUCCAACAAUCAGUGGAAGCCAGCAGAAAAAAUGCAGGGAAGGUCCUGUCAUCCAGCCUGCAUGCGAUGACCGCCAUGGUGGACUACAUGAGGAGAAGCCAAGCAGAGCUGGCUGAGGUAAUUGAGAUGAAGCAGAAAAAAAUUGAAACUGAGAGAAAUGGCUUGAUUAAAGAACUGGAAGGAGAAAUUGUGCAACUGAAGCAAAAGACAUCGCAGCUUAAUCAGGUCGAAUUACACAACGACGCCUUGUUGUUCCUUGAGAAUUAUCUGUCUCUUGCCUUCACUCAGCCACAGGUUAAGAACUGGUCUGACGUGACCCUCAGCAGUGAUGAGUUUGCGGAGCAGGGAGCCAUGGUCAUGCUGGAGACAACGAUGACGAGAGAAAUAAGGGCGCUGUGUGAUCCCGACUGGAAAGAAAUGCAGCAGCAUGCUGUGGAUGUGACUCUGGAUCCGGACACGGCAAACUCUCUUCUCGUUGUUUCUCCGGAUGGGAAGCAAGUCACACAUGGAGACAGACAGAGGAAUGUGUCAAAGAAACCAGCGAGGUUUGAACAUGUCCUCAAUGUCCUUGCAAAGGAGGGUUUCUCCUUGGGUAAAUUCUACUAUGAGGUCCAGGUUCAAGGCAAAACAAACUGGGAUUUAGGAGUUGUAAACCAGUCCAUCAACAGGAAGGGCGACAUAAGAUUGAGCCCCAAGAACGGAUACUGGACUAUUUACCUAAGAAAGGGAAACGAGUUGACAGCCAACGCCAGCCCUGCCGUCAACCUCAAUGUGAGGCAGAUGCCUCAAAAGGUCGGGGUGUUCGUGGAUUACGAGGGGGGUGAAGUCUCCUUUUACGACGCCGACUCCAGGGCUUGCAUCUUCUCCUUCACCGGAUGGACUUUCACCGAGAAGCUCUUUCCGUUCUUCAGCCCCUGUGCCAACGAUGGCGACAAAAGUCCAGCCCCCUUGAUCAUCACGCCUGUCAAACGCAACAGCUGAGUUUCUGGUUUUGUUUUCUGGAUUUUGGGAAAGAAGAGGAGACGAGGCGAAGGGGACCUGGAGAGAGAUAUGCUCUGAAAUGUUUGUUUUUUUUAAUCUGUGGAGCGCCAGUGUCAGAGAUGUGCGUCACUCCGUGUCGCCUGUCACACAGACAGCUGUGGAUGUCCAAGGGUAUGCACAUGCAACACACAUGCAACACACACUAUAUCGUGUUCUACAAAUACUUACAUUGUCUGAUUUUUUGUGUCAUCUGUUCUUAACAGACUCAAUCGUCUGACACACAGAACAAUACAUAAAGUCACACCCUGGAGUAAUGAUCAAAACACUGAAGUAGACGUUAUUUACAAACCCUCAGGAAUAAAACACGAAUAUGGUCUAAAACAGCAGCUAUUGUUCUGAGGAGAACAUGGAAGACACCAGUUCUUAACUGGUUUCGCCCGGGGGACGGACAAUCCCAAGGUGAUCCCCAUUAUACAAAAAAGUGGUAGAAAAUAUUCAAACAAAUAUUAGGACUCUCUUCUCAUGUGGCUCAGUGUGAGAUUUACUUUCUCCAACAACUCAUGUUAUUCUGCUCAACGGUUUGUUAUUGAAUGAAUCGGUCACAACACUGGAGCCUGACUGGCAUGAUGUUGUGUCCUUUAAAGUUGCUUUUAAAGUUCACACAUACAGCAAAUCUAUUUGGUUAAGAGAGACAGCUCUGAAAAAUCGACGAAUGUUUACGAUCAAAUGACAAAGCUUGUUUAUUAUUUUUAAUUUUUAUUAGAACUACGGAAAAAAUGUAUUGUGUCGUUGUAUUUUUACUUGUUUAUGUGUUUUAUUUGUAUUGGUCAUGAUGCUGGUUGUCUCCUAAAUGAGGCUGUUCUAAUCUCAUCUGGACAUAAAGUAGCUGGAGCGCUUAAGGAGAGGCGGUCAGAUUGGCACACGCUGUAUCAUUCAGAGCUGAGAGACCACACACUGGGCUCAUGAGUGUGUGGAGCUGUUGGAUAAAAACAGUGUACUUCAUCUCCAUAAUGUCUGUUUUCUUUUGAUCAUCGUUGUUGUCAUUAAGUGAGGAAGAUAACAACAGUAUCAAAUCAAAGAGGACUGUGAACAAAAAAGGAAACGAGUGACACAACAUGUGAUGUAGAAGAAUUGUCUGUAUUCAUGCCAAAAUUAAGUCAACUGAUCAUUGCCAUUCUCUCCUUUUGAAUGUUGACAUCACUUUGGAGUCUCAAUUGUGAUGGCCAGUCUCUGUUUUAAAUGAUUAGUUGUAAAAAACAUUAAAACACAUUUUUUGAUAAUGAAAA